CGUUAAAAUUGCUGCUGCGGAUGAGGUCGAUGAUGGAAAUGUGAUUUACCGUUCGUUGGAGCUCUCCUCGAGCUCGAUGAACGAGAUCCCGAAACUUGAAGAAAAUGCACCGAAAUAUUCAAUAUUUGUUACAUAGGUGAAGACAGGUUUAAAUAUAUACAAAUAUGGUAGGAAAUACUUAUGAAUCGUUACCAUCUUAUCAUCUCACCGUGACUGAGAGAGAAAGGUGCCAGUGCAAAUGGUUGGCACAUGUUAAAUUGUCAAGGAUCAUAAUUUUAAUAUCUACUGUCUUAUUUACUGUGCCAUUAGUUACACAUUAUUAUUUAUCUAAGGUAGAGGCCGAUGCCCCUGAUAGAGAUAUUUAUAGAACAUUUUCAACUCUUGAAGCCUUUGAAGAUUUCACAUCUAUGAAGGCAUCACAAUUGAAGAUGAGAAUAGAAGAAAUGUUUCGUAUAAAACUUUCAGUCAGCAACGAAUUAAGAGAUCUUGGUGCAAAAAGACAAAGACUCCAAAGUGAAGUUAGUAGUCUGACUCAGAAAAUAGAUGAAUUGAAGCAAGAGUUAUUGCAUCAACAAACAGAUCUUGAUAGAUUAAAGAUAAGUGUAGAACAGGCACAGGUGGCACAAAGAGAAGCUGUGGAACGGAAUACACCUGAGUUGGCACUUCCUAAGAGAAUAUUGAUCAAUAGCUUGCCAGUUGUAAUAUCAAGUACAGAUCCAAGGUCGUGUAGAAUGUACAACUGUUUUGAUCACAGUCGGUGUGCACUGACAAGUGGCUUUCCAGUGUACUUGUAUGAUCCAGAUCGCUAUUCCGUGCUUCAUCCGGGAUGGGAUGUAGAUGGUUUUUUGAAAACAACCAUCAAACAAACAUUAGGAUAUAAUCCGCAUUUUACUAGAAAUCCGGAAGAAGCAUGCAUUUAUGUAGUCUUAAUUGGUGAAGCAUUAAGUUCGAAUCAAAGAAGUGAAUUUAAAUACAAAAAUCCUUUAGACACUAAGAAAUUACACGAACUCCCUUUUUGGGGUGGUGAUGGUAGGAAUCACAUAUUAUUAAAUCUUGCACGAAGAGAUUUGUCUGCAGAUUCUGGAAAUAUUUUUAACAAUUUAGACACUGGCAGAGCGAUUAUAGUACAGUCAACAUUUUAUAGAAAUCAGUUUCGCGAUGAUUUUGAUUUAAUUGUUCCACCAAUUCUAGGACCACCUGGUGGAGAUAUUUGGCAAGAAUGCGCGCAAAUGUUACCUGCGAGACGAAAGUAUCUGUUGUCUUUUCAAGGCGAGAUGAGAACUUUUAGAGGUACAUCGAUGACACAUCAAAUUGAUGAUGCGGACAUGGACUUGGAAAGAUUAGCAGUUGAUGAUAACAAUAUAGAUGCGUUUAUCAUUCAACAUUUGAAGGACAUGAGCAGUGGAAUGACUUUGGACAAAUUUUUCAUUCAAUUUGAGUGCAUACCAGCCUCGGUAGAAAGCAAGUCAUUGGAAAUUCUUGAUUGGUCGCUUUGUGGAACUGAUUCUUCUAGAAGAGCUAUAUUGAAGGAAUCGACUUUUGCACUGAUUUUAGCUCCCAGCAAUACCACAUUGAUAACUACUUCAUCAAUGCAAGCGAGAUUAUAUGAAGCAUUACGAGCUGGAUCGAUACCAGUUAUUCUUGGUGGCGAUCAGAUCCUGCUUAAUUAUAAUGAAGUUAUUGCUUGGAGAAGAGCAGUUAUUUUUCUACCUAAGGCUAGAGUGACCGAAAUGCACUUUUUAUUGCGCGCUGUUCCCGACAAUGAUCUUUUGGCUAUGCGAAGACAAGGCAGAUUAAUAUGGGAACGUUAUAUGAGCACUGCUCAAUGUGUGAUGGAUACAACUAUAGCAAUAGUCAGAGACAGACUUGGUAUACCUCCAAUACCAGCGCCCCAAACACCCAGUCCCAGUAUUUUUAACGAAAGCUUUGUGCCUUUAAAAUCGGAUACUAUCAUCGCUGAACCUGAAGCUGAAGAAAGUUUAGGUCCUUUGGAACCACCGUAUCCGUCUCCCGCUUUCAAGAGAAAUUAUACAACACUAUUGAUUCAAGGUCAUGAACUUUGGAAUGAUUGGAUGGAUCCGUUUAAUCUGUAUCCACAGUUACCUUUUGACACUGUUCUCCCUAGCGAUGCAAAAUUUCUUGGAUCAGAGGUUGGAUUCCGACCUAUCGGUAAGGGUGCUGGAGGCGCCGGAAAAGAAUUCAGCGAGUCUUUGGGAGGAAACCAUCCACGAGAACAAUUUACAAUUGUUAUGUUAACUUACGAGAGAGAACAAGUGCUUAUAAAUUCGUUAGCGCGUCUUUAUGGUUUACCUUAUUUGAACAAAGUACUUGUAGUGUGGAAUAGUCCGAAACCACCUGUAGAAGAUCUUAAGUGGCCUGACAUUGGUGUUCCUAUACAUGUUAUAAAAGCUCCAAGAAACAGUUUGAACAAUAGAUUCCUUCCAUUCGAUGCAAUUGAGACAGAAGCCGUCCUGUCUGUGGAUGAUGAUGCUCAUUUGAGACAUGACGAGAUCAUGUUUGGCUUCAGAGUAUGGAGAGAACAUCGGGAUCGAGUAGUUGGAUUUCCUGGUCGCUUUCACGCAUGGGACCAGAAUUAUCACAAUGCGUGGAACUAUAACUCCAACUAUUCUUGUGAACUGUCUAUGGUUUUAACCGGAGCUGCUUUUAUUCACAAACAUUACACAUAUUUGUACACGCAUUGGCUGCCACAAGCAAUAAGGGAUAAAGUCGACGAAUAUAUGAAUUGCGAAGACAUUGCAAUGAAUUUCUUAAUAUCUCAUCUUACGAGGAAACCACCAGUGAAAGUGACAUCUCGUUGGACAUUCAGAUGUCCGGGUUGUCCAGUUUCGCUUUCUGAAGAUGAUACACAUUUUCAGGAAAGACACAAAUGUAUCAACUUUUUCUCUCAGGUAUUCGGUUAUAUGCCACUAUUGAAUACACAAUAUCGUGCUGAUUCGAUAUUAUUUAAGACACGAAUACCACAUGACAAGCAAAAAUGCUUUAAAUUUAUAUAAAAAGAUUAUAUGUAUGUACAAUUUUUUUUCGUUUUUUAAUUAUAAUUGCAAAAUAAGAAUUGCAAGUUUUAAUUAUGCAGCUCACAACUUAUAAUUUAUUGUCUAAAGUCAUUUUACAAAACAAUUUGUAAAACAACAUUUAACAAAUGUAAUUUAUAUCAAGAAUAAUUAUCAAAAUGCUAUUAAAUGUUGUAAUAGUACAAGGUUAAAAAUAUUGUCAACUAUUUACAGAUUAGUAUAUCAGAUAAAUUACUGCCUGUUAGUUUAUAUAACUUAAUAAUAAGGAUAUUUGUACAUUUACAAGGAUUUUUGUAUAUUUUAAAGAAUCUCUAUAUAUAUAUUUUCUCACAGUUUGUAAAUCUUAGUAAUCAACUUUAUA